UUCGCAUUGUCGGGUAGUCGCGGGGAACGGUUGCUCCGGCACGCGCGCUAGCUUGCUCGCAAAACAUUGCAACGCUCCGGAUUUCGCGGUGUGGGGAGACAGACACCUCACGAGUCUCGUAGGGGGGCGAAUGUUUAACGAAGACCUCAUAGCAACCGAUUUCGCGCAGUCUUGCUGCACGCCGCUCGGUGACGACAGAUAACGAGAGCUCCGUGAAGAACACUCCCCGGUCGAGAAAACAAGAGGGAAGCAAGCUUCCAAGCCGGAACCGUCCUCUGACGACACUGCUGUUGACGUUCGGUGCACAUGGGAUGAGAGAGAGCGAGCAUUGCACUCUGGCUGCUACCGAAAGCCUCAGCGCCGGAGUCAGGUUUUUCGCGCAUGUCAGCGCUCGUAUCUAAUCUUUCCUCGCAACAUCCUCCCAGGCUCGCGUGGCGGCUUAGCGUCGCUUUCACUUGUUCCCGCCCCCACUGUCGUAACAGGCAGCAUUCAGCGUUUAUCUUAUGUUUGUUCUUUAAAAUCUCUGUUGCGAAGGGGCAAAACAGUCACGUGAUGUUUCGUAAACAGAAGAUGUUACCGGCCUUGAACCAGCCGUGCGGGGAGAGACGCCGUGCAACACAUCAUCGUUGACGGGUGGCGCUUCCUCCUCGUUGUAGAGUGGGCAUUUAUCCAACAUGGAAAGGGCGCUCGCUUGCUAGAUUUCCUAGUGGUGCCUCAAUACUUGUCUGCCUCGAUUGGAAAGAGGUAUAUCUGGGAGAAAAGUCGCAACGAAUUCAGCGACCGUGCAUGCUUCGUCGAAGGACGGCAGCUCGAGGUCGGACUCAAUCGACAAUGCCGUCGCCGUCGAAGGCGGGUGGCGUGAUGGGCUUCGUCGGCACCAAGCACGUGCUGGCCGCGCUGUUUGCCUGCUUCGCGACCCACGUGUGGAUUCAGGGGUCGUCGGCCGUCGACAACGUAGACCCGGACAUCUCCAGAAAUGUGUCGCAGAUCAUCGCCGACAAGGGCUACCCGGUGGAGGAGUACGAAGUGGAGACAAGCGACGGCUUCGUGCUCUCGGUGCAGCGGGUGCCGUGGGGCAGGAAGCGUCGCUCCGACAAGCUUCCCCGAGGCGGAGCCAAGAAGGUCGUCUUCCUGCUCCACUACCUGCUGGGCUCGUCUGCUGACUGGGUCAUCAACUACCCGGAGCAGAGCCUGCCUUAUCUACUAGCUGAUUCGGGAUACGAUGUCUGGCUUGGAAACGUCCGAGGCAACACUUAUUCCCGCCACCUACGCUACAGGAAAUACGAAAAGGAGUUUUGGGACUUUUGCUUCGACGAGAUGAUUGCGUACGACCUUCCGGCCAUGCUGGACUUCGUGCUGAACGAGACUGGCCAGCAGAAGCUCUUCUACGUGGGACACUCCCAGGGCUGCCUUAUACUAUUUGGCCUGCUGGCCGAAAGACCGGAAUACAACGAUAAGAUCGAGCUGUUCACUGCUAUGGCGCCGGUGACCACAGUGACGUACAUGAGGUCCCCCAUACGCUACCUGGCACCAUUUGUGGAGGACGCAGGGGCCGUGUUCGCCAUGUUCGGCGAGUACGACUUUCUUCCGAGCAGCCCGUUGAUGAGACUCGUUGCCGGAACCCUGUGUCUGUUCAAGGAGUCGCGCAGCCUUUGCGAGAACACCAUCUUUUUUAUUUGCGGACCGGAAGGGCCGCAACUCAACAAGACUCGACUCCCCGUCCUCGUGAGCCACACGCCGGCUGGUACGUCGGUGAGGAACAUGGCGCACUACGCUCAGUUAGUGCUAAGUGAGAAGUUCCAGAAAUUCGACUUCGGCAAGACCAGGAAUCGAGUCCGCUACGGACAGGAGACGCCUCCCGUGUACAACCUGUCGCGGGUAACGGCGCCUGUGGCGCUGUACUGGAGCACCGGAGACUGGCUGGCCGACCCGAAAGACGUGUCGCAGCUCCGCGACCAGCUGCCCCGGCUGGUGCUGGACUUUCGCGUGCGAGACCCGUCCUUCACGCACCUGGACUUCAGCGUGGGCGUCGGCGCGCGGCGCCUGGUGUACGAGCCCCUCAUGAAGGCCAUGGCCAGCGUGCGGACUCUGUUGCACCGUUUUUACCCCGAAUCGUGAACAUUGCCGCGGAAACUGCGCAACGAACCAUUGGUAGCGAAAGGUGUUCAGCCCCAAACCACUUGCGGAACUCGGAGUUUCCAGAUCUGGGCAUCGUCCUCAGGGGCCGAUCGAAGUGUGGCGAACCUGGCAUCUCAAGAAAAAUUCUUGAUGGCAAGGUGGCAUCGUUAGUGCUCCUCCCAAUGACGCUAGAAUUCAGGUGCUACAUUAACAAAAAAAAAGAACUAUGUAUAUAUAUGUACACAGUCUUAGAAUGACGGAAACCGAUGACUAAAGUAACAACAAAAAAUUAGCAUAACCACUUUUGUAGCACUUUGUCGCACGAAAAAGAGAGACCCAAAUCUAAAUAAAUGCCUAUACGUGUUA